AUGGGCGGCGCCUAUGUUGUGAUCAGAAAACCGAAUGGCUCAGUUCGUUUGUGUACAGGUUUUUCAACCGGCUUAAAUGCUGCAUUAGAACCCCAUCAAUACCCGCUUCCACUCCCAGACGACGUGUUUGCAAAGCUGAAUGGAGGCAAGUACUUUACUACUCUGGAUCUGGCAGACGCUUUUUUGCAACUGCAGGUCGAACCGGAAAGCAGAAAGCUUCUAAAAAUCAACACGCAUCGCGGACUUUACCAGUAUAAUCGUUUGCCAUUUGGAGUAAAAACUGCACCUGCAAUCUUUCAACAAGUUAUGGACGCUAUGUUGACUGGCUCGAUGGGAGCAGCAGGCUAUCUAGAUGAUAUCAUCAUAAUGUGCGGAACCCAGGAGGAAUUGUUUCAAAGGUUGGAUGACGUGAUGAUGAGAAUUAAGGAAUAUGGAUUCCGGUUGCUAGCUGACAAAUGCAAAUUUUUCCUGAAAUCCAUCAAGUUCCUGGGUUUCGUGAUUGACGAGAACGGUCGACGGCCUGAUCUUGAAAAUAUCGAGGCCAUAGACAGAUUACCGGCACCAACGGAUGUCACAACCUUGCGCUCAUUCCUUGGGAUGGUGAGUCAUUAUAGUGAGUUCCUACCUUGCAUGCAUCGAUUACGUCAUCCUUUAAACCAUUUGUUGAUGAAAGAUGUUGAAUGGAACUGGUCCGCACAGUGUCAAGAAGCUUUUGACAAACUCAAAUCUCUGCUGAAAUCAGAUUUGCUCCUUACGCAUUACAAUCCGAAGCAGGAGAUUGUCGUGGCUACUGAUGCCUCGAGUUAUGGAAUUGGUGCUGUCAUCUCACAUCGCUUUCCAGACGGGUCCGAAAAGGCUGUGGCACAUGUGGCACAUGCAGCACGAGCGCUGACCGCAUCUGAAAAGAACUACAGUCAAAUUGAGAAGGAGGCGUUGGCCAUCAUCUUUGCCGUACAGAGAUUUCACAAGAUGAUAUAUGACAGAAGAUUCACGCUGGUGACUGAUCACAAACCGCAUUUGGCAAUCUUUGGAUCUAAGAAAGGCAUUCCGACAUAUACAGCCACUCGACUUCAGCGCUGGGCAACUCUGCUCCUGGGGUAUGAUUAUGGCAUGCGGUAUUUGUCCACUGAUUCUAUUGGACAAGCGGACGCCCUGUCCAGACUGAUCAAUACCGGUAGACGCGAUCAAGAAGACGCAGUCAUUGCAUCCAUUGCAGCCGAAUCGGACGUCAGCUACAUGAUACAAGACGCAGUGUGUAACUUGCCAGUGAAUGGUUUAAUGGUUGCGCAAGCCACUAAACAGGACGCUGUGCUACAAGAAGUAUUAACCUAUACAAGAAGUGGAUGGCCAAAGAAGUGUCCGAACGAAGCUUUGAUCCAGUUCUUCACAAGGCGAGGCGCAUUGUCGGAAGUUGAUUCCUGUCUGUUUUUCGCAGAUCGCAUAGUCAUUCCAGAAGUGCUCAGACAGCGCAUACUAAGAGAGCUGCACAAGGACCAUCCAGGAAUCGCCCGCAUGAAUUCACUCGCUCGCAGCUACGUCUUUUGGCCGAUGAUGGACAGCCGAAUUGAGGAUGUCGGUCGAUCUUGUUCCAGAUGCAUCAGUGCAUCCAAACUGCCGGUGCGUGUGCCAUUGCAAUCUUGGCAGAAUCCAGAAUCUCCCUGGUCGCGCAUACAUGUUGAUUUCGCAGGACCGGUCGAGGGUGUGGAAUUUCUUGUGAUGAUUGACGCGUACAGUAAGUGGCCGGAAGUGAUCCGGAUGAAAACUACGUCCUCAAACAGCACGAUCUCGGAAAUGAGACAUGUAUUCAGUCAGCAUGGCUUACCAAAAACCGCUAUUGCUGACAACGGAUCGCAGUUUACUUUCUAUCAAAUCGCCGAGUUUUCCGCACAAAAUGGAAUCGAGCACGUGAGGACAGCACCAUAUUAUCCACAGUCAAAUGGCCAAGCGGAAAGAUUUGUCGAUACCCUGAAAAGAGCACUUUUGAAGUCAAAAGGCGAGGGAACGUUGGACGAAAGAUUGGAGCGGUUCCUACUGAGUUAUCGAGUGACACCAAAUCCCAAUGCACCCGAUGGGAAGUCACCAGCUGAAGUCCUGAUGGGUCGCAGAUUGAGAACUACAUUGGAUUUGCUGACACCCAGGCGUCCUCUCCUACAAACAAGGAACUUAGCAAUGGAGCAGCAAUACAACAGGCGGUAG